GGCCAACCAACGGUAUAAUAAAAGUAUAAAACACUGAAAUCCGUAUACGACCUAUGUGAACACCCAUUUGAAACCACAACACAGAGCCAUCGGCCAGAGCCCUAAGCGAAAAAACACGGCCCAAGCGGAGGCCUGAAAGCCGUAAAUCACGCCGGUCGUCGUUCUCCACUUCGCCGGGAAUAUCGCAGUCGGCUGAAUCGCCCUACAAUUUUUUAUUUCGCUUCGCGGACCGCAGUACCCUACCGCUCCGUGCGCCUGUGAGGCUGUGCCCCUCGCCCGCCCUGUGCUACGCCCUCCGCCCCUGCCUUCUCACUCACUGUCUGGUCCUUUCCAAUUUAUAAUAUACACUUUCCUUGUGUGUUCUGACUUGUGAAUUCUGAAUUAUGACCACUGGAAUAUCCCUAAAUGGCUCCCUAGAUUGUUGUUGUGAACUAAAGCAGUAAAACCUUAGUUGAGGGGUUAUAAAGCUGAAAAUUCACCAUUUUACUGAUUUUUGUGGGGUAAAUUCUGGUCAAAGGCAUUGCAGCCACCAUAAAAGAUGGGAAAGAAAGGAUCAAACACAAUUAAACAUGAUCCAAAUGGGAGGAAACAGAACCAUGUUAAUGCCAAGUCGAUGUUGAAACUGGAGCAUAUUAAGAAUCUUGCGGUUUGGGCCAGUGGUGAGACAUCCAUACCUUCUUUAGGCUGCUUUUUUGGCAUGAGUUUAGCUGCUUCCUCCGAGGCCUUGGGAUUGCCUCCUGACCCGUCUUUUGUCCCUUGUCAAAGAUGCGAAUCUGUUCUUCAACCAGGCUACAAUUGUACUAUUCGAGUUGAGAAGAGCAACCCAAAGGCUCGUCACAGGAGCAAGAAAUCCAGAUGCAGCCCACAGAAUCAUGUGGUGUACACUUGCCAUUUUUGUUCACACCGGAACCUAAAGAGAGGAACCCCAAAAGGCCAUAUGAAAGAAAUAUGCCCACAAAAGCCCAAGCCGUUAACACAUAAAAAGUCAUCUGAAUCAAAGACUGUCACUUCAAGUGAUGGCAAUAAUGAGAUUAUGCUAGGCGGGUCUGUUGAAACAGCAGGUGAUCCUUCGACCCCUUCAUCGAUGAGAGUGGACAUCACUUUAUUGGACUCGAAGAGAAAGAGAAGGAACUGGUCAGGGGGAUUAAAGAAGAAGCCUGUUGGAUCUGAAUGCGCUUCAACCACCAUGACCACUACUGCUACAACUACGGAUGGUAGUCAUAAAACCACUAUUGACGCAUGUGGUAGCAAGAGAAAGAGAAAAUCUUGGACUAGUUUGAAGCAAAUUGCUGAAAGUAAUGAACAUGAUGGUCAUAGUAGGAAGUUUUCAAAUGUGGUAGUCCCUUUUUUUGUGUGAGUUCAAAUUAUUUGUUCGUUCUUGUUGUGAAACUUGUUAUUUGAAAGUUUUGUUGUUGCUGUUGUUAGUUAUUUGAUGCAUUGUUUCAUUUAAUUAGUUGUGGUUCUCACAAAUUCAGGUUAAAAUACCAAAAAAGAGAACAAGAAAGAAGGUGAUAUUUCACCACUGCAGACUGUAUAAUAUGAGUAGUGAAAUGGUAAUUCGAGAUUUCGAAUGAGUAGUCGGA